CCGUUGCGCGGCCCGGGCCGGAAGUCAGCGAGCUCCCGGGUGUGUGUCUGGGUCUGACUGUGUCUCGCAGCGGCGCGCGAUCCGGAACGGGCACUGGGGAUUCCCGUCUUAGGCGUCACUACUGUCACUGCCAUCGCCCUCACGGAGCCGCUUCUAGAGGGAAGUAGACCCGGCCCUUCGCCGGGCAGAGAAGAUGUUGCCCCUGUCCAUCAAGGACGAUGAAUACAAACCACCGAAGUUCAAUCUGUUCGGCAAGAUCUCGGGCUGGUUUAGGUCUAUCCUGUCGGACAAGACGUCCCGGAACCUGUUUUUCUUCCUGUGCCUGAACCUCUCUUUCGCUUUUGUGGAACUACUGUAUGGCAUCUGGAGCAACUGUUUAGGUUUGAUUUCCGACUCUUUUCACAUGUUUUUCGAUAGCACUGCCAUUUUGGCUGGAUUGGCAGCUUCUGUUAUUUCAAAAUGGAGAGAUAAUGAUGCUUUCUCUUAUGGGUAUGUUAGAGCAGAAGUUCUGGCCGGCUUUGUCAAUGGCUUAUUUUUGAUCUUCACUGCUUUUUUUAUUUUCUCAGAAGGAGUUGAGAGAGCUUUAGCCCCACCAGAUGUGCACCAUGAGAGACUACUACUUGUUUCAAUUCUUGGGUUUGUGGUAAACCUAAUAGGAAUAUUUGUUUUCAAGCAUGGAGGUCAUGGACAUUCUCAUGGCUCUGGCCAUGGACACAGUCAUUCCCUUUUUAACGGUGCUCUAGAUCAGACACAUGGCCAUGUAGAUCAUUGCCAUAGUCACGAAGUGAAACAUGGUGCUGCACAUAGCCAUGAUCAUGCUCAUGGACAUGGACACUUUCAUUCUCAUGAUGGUCCUUCCUUAAAAGAAACAACAGGACCUAGCAGACAGAUUUUACAAGGCGUAUUUUUACACAUUCUAGCAGAUACACUUGGGAGCAUUGGUGUAAUUGCUUCUGCCAUCAUGAUGCAAAAUUUUGGCCUAAUGAUAGCAGAUCCUAUCUGUUCAAUCCUUAUAGCCAUGCUUAUAGUUAUAAGUGUUAUUCCUCUUUUAAGAGAGUCUGUUGGAAUAUUAAUGCAGAGAACUCCUCCUCUGUUGGAAAAUACUCUGCCUCAGUGCUAUCAGAGGGUGCAGCAGUUACAAGGAGUUUACAAUUUACAAGAACAGCACUUUUGGACUUUAUGUUCUGACGUUUAUGUUGGGACUUUGAAAUUAGUAGUAGCACCUGACGCUGAUGCCAGGUGGAUUUUAAGCCAAACACAUAAUAUUUUUACUCAGGCCGGAGUGAGACAGCUUUAUGUACAGAUUGACUUUGCAGCCAUGUAAUAAAGGAAAAGAAAUUAUGCUUUCUUUUGGACCAAAUUUUUCUGGUACUGUACAAUCCAAAACAUUGUACCCAGCUUUUUAAAAUAGAGAAAUUAUCACUACAACUCCCCAGCACCAAGUAGACCAGGUAGAGUCAGCUAAACGUUUGUGCUCUGCGGGGAGUUCACAGCUAAGGGAUCAGAAUUAAGAGGACAUCUCCGGGACUUUUGAUCUUUUCUUUUGUGCUCUUCCCUCCAAACCAUUACAGAGGUUUCAGUUUUUUGUUCCAGGGUGUUGGUUUGUCCUUUCUAUUUUGUGUUUUUGUUUUUUGUUUGUUUUCAUGCUGAAUUUCCUCACCCCACCCCCUCAUCCCAGCCAGUAAGAAAUUCAGAUUGUGGGCCUCCAAUCAUCUGAAAUGUCUUCACUGAAGCUUCUGGAAACCAAUGCUUUCAUUCCCAUGAAACCAGUGUUAUUUAAAAAAAAGAAAAAAAGAAAGAAAUGGAAAUCUGUUUUAUAUGUAAUGUCACAGUUGUUGACGUUCUUCAGUAUAAUCAUAUGUUUAUAAAAUUGUUUGUACCUUGCAAACUUAAGAACCAAACCAUAUUGGGUUUUCAAAGUGCCUUUGUAUCAGAAAAUGUAUUUGCCAGCAUAGAAAUGUACCAUCAAAGCUCAUGUAUAUUAUUUUUUAAAUGGAUAGUGUGUAAUCUGUACAAAAUAAGACUUUUGCUAGUAAUGUAUAUUGUCUUUUUGUGUCCUUCUAGCAUAGGUUUAGAUAUAUGAAAAUUUUCCUUUUAUUGUUUUAUCUCAUCAAAAAAUAAAAGGUAUUAAUUUGCUUUUUAAAACAAAGUCAAUUACUACAUUCAAUUACUUUGUGGCCUGUGUUUUUAUAACUUUGCAUAUGCAUCUGUUAUACAGAAAACUGUUUUAACUUAAAACAUGUGCUAAAUUCCAAAUUUCUAUAAAAGCUACUGUGUCUAUGAUAAACUUUCCUGUAUUUUUCCUUACCAUUUUUAUGGAUUUUAUAAUGAAAGGAAAAGGCAAUGUAGACUGAAAGCAGAAAUGGUUGUGACAGUGUUAUUUUGCUUUUCCAUUCUUCAAAUGCCAAGUCAGACAGUUUGUUUUCCUUUUUAAGCUUUAUACACAUACAGUUGCUUUCAGGAAUCCUAAAGAAGCAUUUUACUGAGUUUGAACUAUUAAAGCAUACAGAGCAAAUGUGGUUGUGUGGAACUCUUCCUAACACAGGUGUCUGAGAAGUAAAUAAGUUGAUUUUUUUAGGUCCUUGUGUAUUUUAAAAAUAAAAUUUCCAUUGGAGAUGACAAGUGCUUGAAUACUCUAAGUAUGGUCUGCUUUAUAAAGAGAUAUCUGUAUAUACAUUUUUCCAUUUUAUUUCAUUUUAUCACAACAUAUAUUUUCUUUUCACUUUAAAAAACUGAAAGUAUUGGGGGGAAAACACUGCAGGAUAGUAAUGAUUGUUAAGAGUAUAUAGCAAUAAUAAGUCUUUUUCAGUGAGGUGGCAGAAAUCGUUGAUUUUGUCCAAGUUUUGGAGUAUUUUUUUACAAUUUAUGAAUUAUUCUGUAUUAAGAAAAGUAGACCACUUUCUUCAUUCUAUCAUAAAGUGCUUGAGAUUGCCAUGAACUAUCAGUAAGUCUCUAUUUUGCAGAUAAAGUAGUGUUUUCAAAAGACGUUUGCUUACUGCCAGGCAGUUUGAAAACUAAGAAUUCCUGCAAUAGAAUGUGUUGACUAAAACAAUUGUUGAGGUCUUCUAAGAGGGAAAGUACAAAAGGAAAUGUUCUGAUUAUGGUAUUGCUUUUUCAUUACAAAUAUAAGUAGUCAUUUAGAAUUUUGAAGCCACUACCAAGUCUGUUAAAACUUUUGGAUAUUCUGUGGGUUUGGCAUAUUAUAGAAAAUGACAGAUCCAGAUGAAGGCAGAAAUUUUGGAUGUGUGCCUUUAAAAACUAAUUAUAACUAUACUGAUAUUUCACAUAUGGAGAUAAUUACACCGGUCUAUAAAUUUACCAGUGCGUUUUGAAGAUCCAGUUCUGCCUUUCCCUGGGCCCAAAAUUCUAAGUGGUUUCUUUAAAAUAUAUAUUUAUUUAACUACUCUGAGUACACAAAUGCAUGCUUAUGUUUUUCUUCCUUUGAUAAUGCAUAGAGUAUAUAGAGCGUUAGGCUGAUAUGAAACUCUAAUUUUGCAUUUGUUACAAGAGAUGGCCAGCUCAUGGUUGGAAUUAACAUUCAUUCUUUAAAUGUCAGUAUAUUUAUGUGUGCAAAAGUAAAAAAUUAAUGUAAGAAAAAACAGCUUUUUUCUCAUUCUUAGGAAAUACUUGGUCUUAUUAGUGUUCUUGGCACAUACGUAUUACUAAAGUAGAUAAUUUCACAGAGAAGUACUACCUGAUUAUUGUUAUAAAAUAGAAUGUAUCAAAUAUACAAUUAGAAUGCCCCCCCCCAAAAAAAAAGCCAAAAACAGUCUAUAUCUGAGCAUAACUUUGCCAAUAUUUUAAAAACCAAAAUAUUCUCUGGAGAACAAAUUUGUAUUGCCCAGGGAAAGUUUACCUUGUUUGGUAAACUUUCCCAAACAGAAAUACUAUAUUUAUUUUGUUUUUUUUAAUCUAGAUUAUUCAAGAUGAAGGGCUUAACAAGUACAACUUCCUCAUUUUGCUAACUCCCUGUGUAUCUUUGUGAAGGACAGUAUCUAGUGUACCUGUAGGUCAGUGUUCCUCAUGCUGUCAUCCCUACCAGUCAGUAACAGAUGUCAUUCACUGGCAUUGUGACUUCCAUUGUAUCCAGAAUGUUUGAGCAUUCUUGAAAGCCUAUAUAUAUAUAUAUAUAUAUCAGUAACCAAAAUACUGUGAUUUUGUGCACCUUUGUAAAGCAGCCAAAUCAUUAACUCAAAAUGCAGUUGGAGAUUAUUACUAUGGCAGCACCUUGUUAAAUAAUGCUGGAAUUUAAGAACUAUUGCUCUUGUAGUAUUCUACAUUGCUUAACAUAGAAUUUUACAUCUAAGCGGGAACUGUCCUUAGAAAACAGUCUGGUCUACCUCUCAUUUUACAGAUGAGAAAACUGGAGCCCAGAAAAGCUGUUAUUUACUCAAGGUCACAGAAAUAAUUAGCCAAGACUGGAAUUCAGACUGAAAAGCCAAGACUAGAAUUCAGAUCUUCUAAGUCCACAAUUCUUUAUACUCUAUUAUUCUGCCUCUCCAGUGUAAUAUUUGCCUUUCUGUAAAUGUGAUUAAAUAUCAUUUGUAAAUAAAGGCUAUUUGACCUCCAUUUUUGGUACAUUAAGGCACUUUAUAAAUGGGGCUUUAUUGUCUCAUUUUUCAUUUAUAAUUAUGAAGUUUGGAAUAUUUCCAUAGUAUUCUUUAUGGAAGAUUUUAUAAUUAAUUUUUUUACUUUUUACUUUUUUACUAUUAAAAACCAGUUCCUGACUUUAAAAAAAUGACACCUAUACAAUAGAUCCUUUUAACUUCUGAGUGGAUUUUUCUGUUAAUUGCCCAAGGCUAAAUCUAGCAAUUUAAGGAUUGCUUAGUUUUUAUUUUGUUUAUAUUCUGUGAAUUGGUACUUUUUAGAAACAAAGUUAAUUCACAAGGUCAUAUCAUUUCAGUUUUGCCACCUUGGUUUCCAGCCACUGGAGAGUUUUGCAUUUUAAAGAUUCUCAGAGCCAUGCAAAAUUGAACAUUAAACAUUGUAUAGAAGAAAUCUUUUAAUUCAGUAAGGUAAAAUUUUGAAGUCUUAAGCAGAACCCAAAAUGUUAAACUGCAACUUCCAGCGCUUCAUAAAAGCAUUACCUUGGGAAAAUUAAACUUUUUUUUUUCUUUUCGUCACCAUGUUCAAAACAAAAUUAUUUUCCAAUUCACAAGAACUUUGGUAGAAAAGGAAAUUAUUCUCUAAAGAACAUACAUUAAAAGUUUUAUCAGUGGAAGGAUUAUUUCAAGAUGUGAUCUCCCAGAAGCUUAGUGGUCCAGAUCUCAACCACAGACUCAAAUACAGUGAAAAAUUAUGUAUCAGAAAAAUAUUUGGAGAAAAGGAACAGAGAAUUAUAGUUCUAUUUAAAGUCCAAAUGUAUGUGAGUCUUUCUGAUGAGGGCAUCUUUGGUUUAUAUUUGACCAUUUCCUAACUAAAUUAUAAGGGGGUCGUGUGGGGAGAAUAACCUUUAUUAAUGAUUUAUGUGCCAGGUACUUUGUGUAGCCUUAUUCAUGUUAUCAUAUUUAAUCCUCAAAUUUCUAUAAAGAAUUUUGUGUGACUUUAUGAUUAACACAGCUUCUUCAAAUUUAUUUUCUCUUCUAAUUCUCAUCAACAUCCCUGUGGGAAAGGAAUUCUUACCCCAUUUUACAGAAGGAAGCUGUUUAAAUGACUUGCAUAGGGAAUAGGCAGUGGCAGAGCACUCUCUAAUCCAGUGCUGACAGCUUACUCUAUUUUACAUAUGUCAUUCAGCAAUAUUUUAAAGAUCCAAGAAGUUGUCGCAGAUCUAAACAGACUCUCCUAUAAAAUUAGUGAACAAUCACCAUGACAAAACUGAUAUGGGGGAACAGUCACUAUACAUUAUUUAGACUCAUUCCUUUUUUCUAUUCUCUCUUAUGCUUAUUUCCUAUCUUUGCUAUUCAUCUUAAACUGUGCAGGCUAAAAAGAGGAAUCAGGACUCCUUUAGGUACCUUUAAGACCAUUAAAAAAAAGAUGUUAAAAGUUUUAUUGAUACUCUUUGAGUGAACUGCUUAAGGGAUUGACUCAAAAGAUAGCACCCUUUGUGCCAAUAUGAGGAGAGAAACUAACUGCCCAGAAGACUUUAACUUAGUUUAUUAGGGAAUUAUCUCCCAAGAAGUAUAAACAAUUUUGCACUGCAGGAGAAGGAUAAGUAGGAUUUGAUUUACAUUACAUUUUAUAUGUAUCUUUUCAAAAGGAAAUCUAUUUCAUUAAUAGUAGUAAUCUAUGCUUAAACUUUAACUGAACUGUUAUAACAGCUUUUAAAACUUAUUUGUAAUUAUGAUCAUGAUGUUGGAAAACUUGUAAAAGAGAAUGUCUUUGUCUUAUAUAUCCUUUUAUUCCCAAACUUAGCAUGGGCUUACACUUACCUGCUCAAUAAAUGUUUGGCUAACUAGUGAGUAUUAUAGAUAGUAGUGGACUCACAAAUAAGGGUUAGAAACAGGUAAAACCAGUAAUUUACUGUUUAUUAUAGAAGACAUCUCAGCGUUUCUUUGGUAUUUCUGCACAAAUAAGUGACUUUAUAAUCACCUUGGCCAUUUUAUUUUCAAGUAGUCCUGUGAGCUGCUCAUUCUUUUUAAUACACAAACAGUGGAAGUAAACAGAUGUUAUUCAUUUUGUAUAUUGUUGGACAGGAAUUAGGCAGAACUGGGACUGUGCAACCUGGACCACUUGAAUUUUUAUAUUUUGUAUGACCAAACCAGGACCCACAGUCUCCUUUGUUAUUAUGGAAAUUUGCCAUAUUCAUGUUUUAAGGACUAUAAUGUAUCUUCUAUUUCAUUUAUCCCAGAUGUAUUAUCAUCUGAAACUCUUCCAGAGGUAUUUCUUGAAGGUGCUUGUAUAAAAACAACACUAUAUGUAUGCAUUCAUUAAGUGAUUUAAAUAUUCCCACAAUACUUUCUACCUUUUUUCCCCUCCAAAUACUAAAUUUUAGUAGAGCCUCCCUUUAUUUUUUUCACUUAUUUUUCAUCUCUUUUCAUUGUUGUUUUCACUGUAGAAUUUCCACUUGAUACUAGUGGGAAAAAAGAUUUAUUUUGAAUUUUAGUAUUUGAAUUUUAUGUCUCACAUAUUGUGCAUCAGUUAGCCUCAAUGAAGAUCCUAUUUUGAACUAGACAUAUCCUGUCAACAGUACAUCAAGUAAUUUCAUUGCUUCCUCAGUGAUUUUUUUCCUAAGUAAUAUUUUCCCCCAUCUUUUGUGAGUUUGAUAAAAAAGAAUGAGUCUCUUUUAUAUUGGAAAUAUUGUGAAUGAAAAAUUGGCAAAUCCCUUCAUAGUAUAUUCUAAACACCUCUACACCAAUUACCUCCCUGCUUUUAGUAGUUUUUAAACAUAUGGCCAAGUUAUUUGGGUCUCAUUCCUUCGGUGAAGAUUAUGGCAUCAGAACGUUUCCAAAAAUGUUUUGGUUACAAGGCUAGGUUGUAAUCUCAAAUCUCAAAGACUAUGUUGUAAUUUGGUUUGAAUAUGCUGCAGUGAGCAAUUAUGAUUUGCUUAUGUGCAAUACAACAAGUCCAUACUGUAUAUUUCACUUUUUCUACUUGAACACAUUCAUGUAUAUAUUUUGUUUAACCUUUCAUGUAUUUAAAAGAAUCAUGAACUGUAUCAAAAUUCUUUCAAAUAAAAUUUCUGUUUAAAAAUCU